CUCUAGCCAAAUCAUCCAAUCAUGUCUCGAGAAGCUUACCAAGUACCCAACCUCGGCGCCCAGAACGCUUUCGGCGACGGCAUGGGCGCUGGCUCGAUGGAAAGCCCUGCCGUGUCAUACCUUUGUGGCGAGUGCAAUUCUCGCGUGUCGCUGAAGCGAGGAGACCAGAUCCGAUGCAAGGAGUGUGGGCAUCGUGUUCUGUACAAGGAACGUACGAAGAGAAUGGUCCAGUUCGAAGCCCGAUAAAUACAACAUGAAAUAUGAUAUGGAGAGACAUGUUUCAUAUCUAAAGGCUUGAUGUGGUUGCGUUUGCUGCUUAUCACUCAUCGACAUUUAGAUAUCUUUACACUUAGCGAGAAUUCUUAUGGUUGUGAUGACGUUUCAAUAAACAAUGGCGCUUUGGGAGUCUAUUCAGGAUUUCGAAAGAGCAAGGUUAAAAUGGUUGAGGAGAGAAUUUGCAGAGAGUCUA